AUGUUUAUGAUUGUUGGAGCAGUUGAUAAGAGUGAAAGCGUUUCACAAAUGAUUGAAAUUCGGAAUCAAAUUAUUGAGUGUAAAUCAGUUCGACGAAUAAAUCGUGUUGAUCCAGUACCAAUAUUAUUUGUUAUCAAUAAAACAGAUUUACCGUCAUCCAAAUGGGAAAUUGACUUUGAUGAGGUAAGUUAUGAACGAUGA